GAGGGUUUUUAGGACACAGCCCGCGGUUAGGCUCUGCGAUCGGUCCUGACUGGGGACUCGUUUUCGCCUCCGCGCGGUGAUUGGGUGGAAGAUGGCGCUGGCCGAAUGGAAAUCCUAAUGACAGUUUCCAAAUUUGCCUCUUUUUGUACCAUGGGCGCCAAUGCCUCCGCUUUGGAGAAAGAAAUUGGCUCGGAGCAGUUCCCUGUCAAUGAGCACUACUUCGGACUGGUUAACUUCGGGAACACCUGCUACUGCAACUCGGUGCUCCAGGCUCUGUACUUCUGCCGGCCGUUUCGGGAGAAGAUCCUGGCCUACAGGAGUCAGCCCCGGCGCAAGGAGAACCUGCUCACCUGCCUGGCCGACCUGUUCCACAGCAUCGCCAACCAGAAGAGGAAGGUGGGCGUCAUCCCUCCGAAGAAAUUCAUCACACGGCUGCGCAAAGAGAACGAGCUCUUUGAUAACUACAUGCAGCAGGAUGCACACGAGUUCCUCAACUACCUGCUGAACACUAUAGCUGACCUGCUGCAGGAGGAGAAGAAGCAGGACAAGCAGAAUGGCAAACUGGCCAACGGCACGCUCGAUUCACAGAAGAGUAACAGCACUCCUCCGUCCAGCACAUGGGUACACGAGAUCUUCCAGGGCACGCUGACCAACGAGACGCGCUGCCUCACCUGCGAGACGAUAAGCAGCAAGGAUGAGGACUUCUUGGAUUUGUCUGUGGACGUUGAGCAGAACACUUCAAUCACACACUGCCUCAGGGGCUUCAGUAAUACAGAGACCCUGUGUAGUGAAUAUAAAUACUACUGUGAGGAAUGUAGGAGUAAACAGGAGGCACACAAAAGGAUGAGGGUGAAGAAGCUGCCCAUGAUUUUAGCCCUGCACCUGAAGAGAUUUAAAUACAUGGAGCAGCUCCAGCGCUACACUAAGCUAAGCUACCGCGUGGUCUUCCCUUUGGAGCUCCGCCUCUUCAACACGUCCGGAGACGCGACCAAUCCCGAAAGGCUUUACGACCUCGUCGCCGUGGUGGUGCAUUGUGGGAGCGGGCCCAAUCGCGGACACUACAUCGCUAUCGUCAAGAGUCACGACUUCUGGCUACUUUUCGAUGAUGACAUCGUAGAGAAAAUCGACGCCCAGGCGAUAGAGGAGUUCUACGGACUUACCUCGGAAAUCUCCAAGAACUCUGAGUCAGGCUACAUCCUGUUCUACCAAUCCAGAGACUGAGAUUGUUCAGCACAGCGGCCCCUCGUGGACCCCUGCGGAACGUGCCGGCCUGCGUUUCCGAGUCCUGCUGCGUCCCACCCUGAGCAGGCUGGAUCAGAUCGCGCUGACCCCCUGACCCUUGACCCCAGCAUUCCCCCCGCGGCAGUCCGGACGUGAUGCAGUUACAGCGUUGUGUGUACGUCGUGAGAAUGUUUAAUCGCACUGGCUGAAAUGUGUUCAAUGUACUCGGCUCUGUGAUACUGACAGUCCUGACAUGCUGCAACCUUUAUAAGCCUGAGUUUCUGACCAAAGGCUUGUGCAUGGGAAAAUAGGGGGCGUGUCCCGAACAGAGGGGAGGGGCUAUAAACUGAACAUAUGGGGCUAUUUGUGGGUUUAUGUAUUUCUACCUUGUACAUAGUGGUAUUUGUAUAAAUAUUAUGAAAUUAUAAUAAUAUUAAUUACUGAUAUAGGUGAAAAAGAUUGAAACAUUGAAAAUAUGUAUAACACUAUGGUGCACUUUUGAUACCGUUUUGUAGGUGUUUGGCAGGUUUGUGUGAGGGUUUGCUUGAGACAGCCUGUUGUGAAAUAAUUUUCUGUUUUAAAGAAAAAGAAAUAAAGUGUAUAGAUCGAGUGUAGAUGAAGAUAAAUGUGAGCGUUUUAUUGGAUUCCAUUUAACCCGGUGAAAUCAGAUUUAAACAAAAAUAUCACAUUUACACUAUUAGUAAAACGUUUGGUGUCUGACGUUUGCGUCUUUAGUUUUGCAUAUAAAAAGAAGCAGUCACAGAUUUGCUGAAUCUAUCUGUGAGUAUGAACAAAUCCUCACUGUGUAGUCACUGGUUUUUUAAUUAUUUAUUUAUUUUAACUUUAGUGCAGUUUAGUAUCACUCUGUCUCCCAAAAUGACACCAGGAAGCAGGAAGUUAUGCGAAUAAUAACAUAGUUCCUCUUUGAGCUUGUAGAAUUAUCUAUAGGAAAGAUGUAGGGUGAUAGUCGAGUGCAAAAAUUUGUACACCAAAGACAAAAUUAAGAAGAGUAGAAAUUCUUGUCUUUCAUGGAUGUAUCUUCAUUAUCACAAAAACACAUAAAUGAAAUCAGUAUCUUUGUUUCUGAAUGUGUUGAAUGUUCUCUGGAUGUCUUUUGAAACUGUUUUUGGUUGAUUUUAUGUUGGAGAUUGUUGUUGCAGGAUUCAUGCACAUCACAUUUUCAGCUUGGUGGAUUUCUCUUUUUUUUU